UGAGCGAAGCCUCCCAUACAGAUGAGCGCUGGAAGCCACGCACCUCUUGACGUAGCCACAGACCGGCUGCGGUGCCACUCGGUCUCCGUAGCACGUAUUGCGCAACGUGACUGAUGCUCAACUGACUUCGCGACGGGCACAUCCGGCUCCCCCCCCUGUCGCGUGAAUUCAUUAAGAAAGUGGUCUCAUAACGCUGAGGCAACAGCGGGCAUCGCCGAGGCGCUGUGGAGGAACCAUCCGCCGCUCCUCGCCGUACUGGACCCUCCCCUUGUCAUUGCCACCGGGAGAGAUGAAGCAGAGCGCGCGGCGUCGGGGUGCAGUCGUGAUGUGACUGUGUGAGCGCACGAGCCUCCAACUGUGGUAUCGGAAGCCUGACGGCCGCCUUACAAGGUGGGAACUGAAAAUUUGACAAUGUGCGCGUGUGUGUGUGUUUUUUUGUGAAUCAUGAGGUGAUGGCUUCGUUUGACAGCACGCAGUCAACGCAGCAGCUGCAUCCGCGGAGCGAGCCUUGACCACAGCUGGAUUUUGAGGAGCUAUGUCCGUGGGCACCGAGCCUCCGUCUGCCUGUAGUCGACAGCACCAGUGUGCCCCCUCGGUUUGGUGCCUCGGGGGUCUCCGCUAAAGUCCGGGGGAAACACAGCGCACCUGGAGACGCGGUUGUCUGUUUUAAGGCCGGGCUUUCUGCAGCCCACUCCCCCGCGCCUGCUCGCUUUUCCCCGCAGCCUCCGCGGCGUCUCUGCGCCGCGAGCGCUUCCGCGUCCCGACUACAUGGCAGCGGACAUCAAAACAAUCACAGCCUGAGUGUGUUCGCCUCCUGCGGACCGUACAUACCUUCGCAGCUAAUACCGAGACUAAAUUAAUCGACGUGUGGGAAUCGCAGCGGCGCCGUUGUCUAUGCGCCUCAGUUACACCGCCCCGGAAAGGACUUCUUGCCAUUGAGAGGAGGAUAUGCAGAGAUUAACGUGAGAGGAUGGAUCUAAUUAUCUGUGUUUUGGGGCUGCUGGCGCUGGUCGUGGAGGGCAUCCGUUGCCAAGGAGUGUACGCGCCUCCGACCGUCCGCAUCAUACACUCGGGGCAUGCUUGUAAUGUUGAAGAGGAGAGGCACACGGAGAGGGUCUACACCAUCAGAGAGGGAGAGACCCUGGAGCUCACCUGUCUGGUGACGGGGCAUCCUCGACCACAGAUCCGAUGGACCAAGACAGCAGGCAGUGUGUCGGACCGCUUCCAGGACUCCAGUGUGUUCAACGAGACGUUGCACAUCACAAAGAUCCUGAGGACCCAGGGAGGUCGCUACUACUGCAAGGCUGAGAACGGCCUUGGAUCCCCGGCUAUCAAGUCCAUCAGGGUGGACGUCUACUACCUUGAUGACCCGGUGGUGACGGUGCACCAGAGUAUAGGAGAAGCUAAGGAGCAGUUCUACUAUGAGAGGACCGUGUUUCUGCGCUGCGUCGCCAAUUCCAACCCGCCCGUCCGCUACAGCUGGCAUCGUGGGAGGGAGGUCCUGACGCAGGGCUCGGACAAGGGAGUGGAGAUCUACGAGCCGUUUUUCACUCAGCAGGGGGAAACGAAGAUUUUGAAGCUGAAGAACCUGCGUCCUCAGGACUACGCCAACUACAGCUGCGUCGCUUCUGUCAGAAAUGUGUGUGGGAUCCCUGACCGCAGUGUUAUCUUCAGACUCACCAAUAAGACAGCCUCGCCGUCCAUCAAGCUGCUGGUUGAGGAUCCUAUCAUCGUUAAUCCUGGCCAAACGGUGUCCUUGGUGUGCAUCACCACAGGUGGAGAGCCGCCCCCCAUUCUCGCCUGGAUCAGCAGUAAUGACAGCCUGCCACAAAGGAGCGUGGUGAAGGGGGGCACGCUCACCCUUCCAGCCAUCAGCUCAGAUGAGUCGGGGGUCUACAGCUGCGUUGCCAGCAACAACGUGGGAAACCCGGCCAAGAAGUCCACCACCAUUGUGGUGCGAGCUCUGAAAAAGGGGCGAUUCUGGAUCACGCCUGACCCCUACCACAACGACGACAACAUCCAGAUCGGACGUGAAGUCAAGAUAUCUUGUCAGGUGGAGGCGACGCCGCCAGAGGAGCUGACUUUUAGCUGGCUGAAAAAUGGCCGUGGCCUGCGGAGCUCAGAGCGAAUGGUCAUCACCCAGACGGACCCCGACAUCUCCCCCGGGACCACCAACCUGGACAUCAUAGACCUCAAGUUCACCGACUUCGGCACGUACACCUGCGUGGCCGCGCUGAAGGGAGGGGGCAUCCCUGAGAUCAGCAUUGACGUCAACAUCUCUUCCACAACUGUCCCUCCUCUGUUUUUCUCUUUCUUAGUUCCCCCCAACCUGACAGUCCCUCGGGGCAAGUCCCCCCUGGUGGCCCGCGAGGGUGACACAGUGGAGCUGGAGUGCCUUGUUUCAGGAAAGCCCAAGCCCAUCAUCUUGUGGUCGCGGGCCGAUAAGGAGGUGCCCAUGCCGGACGGCAGCAUGCAGAUGGAGAGCUACGAUGGUGUGCUGCGUAUUGUUAAUGUGUCCAGGGAGAUGACGGGCUCGUACCGCUGCCAGACCAGCCAGUUUAAUGGGUUCAACGUGAAGCCCCGGGAGGCCAUGGUGGAGCUGAUCGUACAAUACCCUCCGACGGUGGAGCCGGUUUACAUGGAGAUGCGUCAGGGCCUUGGGAGGCCUGUGGUGAUGACCUGCAGGGUGCUGCGAGCCCACCCUUCCCGUGUGCUGCGAUUCGAGUGGCUCCUAUCAAACCGGCUGCUCCACGCCGGAGCCUUUGACGCCCAAAGAGACGAGACGGAGUACACCAUCCGCAGCCUGAAUCGAGACGGCUGGGGGGAGUACACCUGCAAUGUCAUCAACGAGGCGGGAGCAGGCAAAUGCACCUUCCAGGUUACAGGCAAGGCCUACCCUCCAGAGUUCUACUACGAUACCUACAGCCCUCUGUGGCAGAACAGGCCCAGAGUCUACGGCUUCAAGCUCCAGUGGACCCAGAUGAACCCCAACGCUGUGGACCGCAUCGUCGCCUACAGACUCGGCAUCAGACAGAUGGGCUUGCAGCGCUGGUGGGAGCAGGAGAUCCCUGUGGACGGAGCAAUCAACAAAGGAGAGCUCAUGACGCACAACCUGACGGAGCUCAUAAAGCCUGAGUCCUACGAGGUGCGCCUCACUCCCAUCACGCGUUUCGGAGAGGGUGACUCCACCAUCCGGAUUGUCACAUACAGCGCUCCCAUCAACCCUCACCUGAGAGAGUUCCACUGCAGCUUUGAGGAGGAGCCUAUCUGCAUGUUCACCCAGGACAAGAAUGAUGAUUUUGAUUGGACGCGACACAGCGCCGCUACCCGCGAUACCAAGUACACGCCCAACACCGGGCCCAGUGGCGACCGCACUGAUUCUAAGCAGGGUUUCUACAUGUACAUUGAGACAUCAAGGCCACGGAAGGAUGGGGAGCAAGCACGGCUCAUAAGUCCAUUUUUCAACGUAGCCCCUAAAAACCCUUACGGUAUCACCAACCCACCUGCCUACUGCUUCGGCUUCUUCUACCACAUGUAUGGAAAACACAUAGGAACACUAAACGCCCUCCUGAAACAGAAGGGCCAAACGGCCUCCGAGGGUCCCGUGUGGUCGUUAAAUGGGAACCAAGGUGACCGCUGGAAGCAGGCAAAAGUUAGCAUCCAUCCGACAGCAUCCUUCCAGGUGGUACUCGAAGGCAUCCGAGGACCAGGCAUCGAGGGUGACAUCGCCAUCGAUGAUGUCACGCUGGAGGAAGGGGAGUGUCGAGACCCGCCGCCCAAUCUCAGCGCUCAGGCUCCGUCCACGUCCUCCCAUAUAUGGCUGCUAUGCAUCACCUUGGUGAUGACCCUCCUGGAAGGUCAGAGGUGACCCUUCUCUCCGUCACCUCAGAGGCGAAUAUUCAGACCCACCGUCUGUGAACUGUACCCUCGGCAUCCAAUCACCAAAGAUUCAUGCAUCCUGAAAGCAGCAGGGGUCCCCUGCCAGACCUCGGAGGGACCGAAAUUAAUGAAAGAGAGAAAAAAAUCGUGAUAAAAAAAGUUCCACAAAAAGUAAUAAAGAAGAUGCGCAAUUUUUUUUAAAGAGACCACUUUUACAGAAACAACUCCUCGGUGCAGGACUCUGGACAUCUUUACGAGCACAAAGACAGGUGGGUGACGAAUGCGCCUGGAAUUUGCCGAAAGAGUUCACAAGCGUCGAAGGAGGACGGACAGUUUGUAAAGCACAAGAACAAUUUUAUGAAGUUAUGAAAAUAUCGCUAGAAGGCGGCAGAAUAUAGACACUGCUGACUUUUUGAAGAGGAAAUAGCAUUUCCCUGCUUACAAAUACAUGGAAUCAGACCUUUCUCUGUGUAUCUUUAUCUUCAUUUUCUCGCACCAGAUGCCAAUCACCGACACUUGUUUUUCACUCUAGUCCGGCCUCAAGUCACACCUUGGCAUUUCUUUAUCUGCUUGGUGCUGAACUGUAGAAAAACAAGGACUUUGGCAACAUUUAGUUCCGUCUGCUUACCCCCCCCCCCCUGUAGCUGCCUAUGUAUCUAUUAACACUGUGCUCACGAGUCCAAGUGGCCAACCGAGGGUAGGGUGGCAGAACAAUGACUGCAGGAGGAAUCAGCGGAGGUGUAGACAGCUGGACUGGAGGGCAGAGAGAAGGUCAAGCUCAGGAGCUGACAUGAGAGGGAGAGGUGGAAGGAGAGCAGAGAGGAGGGAGAGGAGGGACAGGCAGAGAACAGACAAAGGUCCGAUUAGUGAGGCCCGACUCGAAUAUUCAGUCGGCGGUCCGCCUGUGGAACAGAAGCCACUUUACUUUCUGCCAUGAAACAAAGUGCCUUCAGAUUACAAACCGAAUCGUGAGCCUGGGUGUUAAUCAACAUCGAACACAUCUCUGUUCAUGUUUCCUCUGAUGGGCUAUUUUCUACAUGUUUCUUUUGCCCCACAAGUGCUGACGGGAGAGGGCAUGCGUGUUCAGAGGGAGCAUGGGGUUGUGCUCCACCCGGAUUUAACUCCUGAUGGGACAGUUGCUUGUGUGUUUGUGUGCGUGCAAGUGUGUGUGUUUGUGUGUGUGCAUGCGCCUAAGCCUUUGCCUAUGCCUACGCGUAGUUCAAUGUGAGGGCAGCUGACCAGGCAGUGCUGGCAGACCAGGUUUGGAAACAAUUUGGAUGAAAACAGCGGCGACGGUGGCAGUGAGGCUCUGGCUCUUUUUUUUUUUUUUUUUUUUUUUUGCAGAAAGACGAGAUCAUACAGGAGGAUGAAGACACUUCAUCGAAUGAAUACCCCACUCUCUCUUCCCAUAAUUCUCCUUCCCCGCGGGCGAGCAUUUUUUAAACAAAAGAACAACUGCUGAAUAAAACAUUGCGUUGUACAGGGAGCAGAGCAGGAACUUUGGGACCGCAGGCUCUUCAUUAGGGUGACAUGCCUCGCCCCUGUCCUCCACCAUUUAUAUGGAACAAUAUGAGAAUAAAAGAUAAUAAUGACCAUAAUAAUAGUCAUGAUAUUUUAUUACUCUAGCGAGAAUGUUUCUCUGCUUUUACACAAACUGUGAAGAUUGACUGUGGAAGAUCUACCUGAGACCAUAACCUUAACCAGCGGGGUUUUUGAAAAAUGUAUUGUAAAAAAGAGAAAAUAAGAAAAUGAAAAAUUCCGUUCAUCGUUGGUUAUGACAAAUGUUUUGAGGACUUGUGUCUUGUUUCUUAUUUUUUUCCGUUGAAGAUGAAUUAACUUCCUUUCUCUUCUUGUUGUCUCCCUUUGCAUUGCUUAAGUAUCAAAGCUGAUGGAAGCAUAAGAAGUAAACCAAUUUGGUAACUGUAUAACUUGUAAAUGUUAAAGAAGCUCUAUUCAAAGGUUUAUGAUAAAUGUUUUAUGUUGGAGUACAGGAAGCACAACAUACAGUUCAAGGUCUCAACAUAUAAAAUCCAUUUUAUAUUUCUCUGCACAUGCUGACCUACUCCCGCAGGAUUUCCAACCCAAGUCCACAUUUAACAGCAAACUGAUCCUUUUUUUUUUUUACUUGUUACAUUCAUAUUUAUCGUGCAACCAGAACACUAGAGGACAGAAAGGGAAGCCGGUCAAGAGUAUAAAGGAAAUCUUUGUGAAUGCGGACUGGGUUGAGGUUUGGUUUGGUGUUGUGGUUGCUCAGCAUAUGUAGCCUCUUCAGUGGAAGCCUGGGCUGGUCUGAGUGGGUCAUGUACAUGUGUGAGCAUAAAGCUGUGUACAAAAGAUGCGAUAAAGAACUGACACGUGUAAAGAAGAUUAAAAAAAACAGCAGAAUGAUGAGCAUUUCAGGGCAUCCAGAUAAUACCAUUAUAGUCUAAAUGAUAUUAUUACAGAGACAUUAUCACAGCUAUUUUCUGCUAUUCCUUUCUUGAGUUUCUUAUUUUAUUUUUAUUUCCAUAAGGCCCAGAUCAUAAUGAAUGUAAAUGGAGUUCUGGGGCGAGUUCUUUUCUAACAGUCUUACUAGAUGUAAUGUUUUACUAAAACAUAUGUUUUUUGUGUGCUUUUGAUGAGAACUUUCAGACUUUCAUAGGUUGUUUUGGACACAUCAAGAACAUGAAGUUCGUCUGACUUUGACACAAUUUCCAAAAAAUACAAACUCAGAUGAAAUAUCCAUUAGCUAGUUGCUGUAUCCUCCUGUGGUAUAGCAAGUAAUGAAAAGUGCCAAAGUGCCCCGUGCAGUCAUCACUGUUGCUAAGUCUGGAUACGAGUUCCUUCAGAUAUUUUGGUAACUGUUCCUUUUACUGCCACCCUCAGCACCUGUACUCAUGUAACAGCAGCUACACCUUAGUACAGUACGUGAGUGAUUCAAAGUUACAGCUGGAUUUAAAUGAAAGAACGCAUUUGGUGUUGGUUCAACUUUUUUAAAGUAGUUGUUUGACUUUUUGGGGAAUGAGCUUUUUCACUUUCUUGCUGAAAGCUGGUUAGCUUAGCUUAGCACAAAGACUGUAAACAAGGGGGAACUGUCUCCAAAGGUAACGAAAAGCAAAUAAGCAUACUGCUCCAAAAUUUGAGCUUCUAAAUAACAGCCUGAGUUUGCAAAAUCCCUUCUGUAUAUUUGCCAUACUUUGAAAUUAGUUUUGUGUUUGUUGGAAUUAUAUCAGCAUGAGCCUUUCAAAAACAGACCUGAAUGGAAAACCAGAUUUGUAUCCUGCUUUUGUGUUGUAUAUUAUUAAACUCUGGGUACCUUCAUCUGCAAAACUUCCAUCUGUGUGAAGGAAGUAUUAUCAAAUUUUCCCAUAACUGCUCAAAUUGGACAGCAAAAGGAACCAUUGUUUGUUUCCGUGGUACUACAGCUCUCACCACAUCCUUUAUUUUUCAUUUCUGUGCAAUUCACGCACCCUGUGUGAGCCUCUGCCCUUUGUGUGUACGUGAGUUGUGAGUCUGGCGAGUAGCUUACACUCAGCUCUGCUCUUUAUAUUGAUAAAAGUCCGCUAAGCUACUUCAAAGUACAAUUGAAGGGGAUUAACGGUAUUUGAAUAUGUAAACAGCGGCGUGUUUACUGACUUUAUUUCUGGACGAUUAGAGGCGUCUGUAGUUGCGGUAGGUGUGCUCAUAAACUAACGAGGGGAAAUGGGUUUGAGGUAUUUGUAGCUUCUGAUUAGUUUGGGGGUGCUGGAGCUGAAUGUGUCCAUGUGCGCCAAGAGUUCCAUCAAGGCAUUUUGUGUGUGUUGUUUUUCCCACCGGCACACACAGUAUUAGAUGUUUCUCACACCAGACACUUACGUUUGACACUUUGUGCGAGGGUUUUGCAGUGGUGAUGAUAGUGCCAUGAAUUUUAAUAGAGGGUUACAAAAACUAAAGUGACUAUCUUUUUCUUCUCUUUUCUUCUCGGUAGACCGCUCCAGGAAUCUAUUAAGUCCAGUACCUCAAACCUCUUUCAUGAUAAUAUAAAAUGUAAAAGUCUCUAUUUAUGAUAUCGUAUGGGUACUGCAAUCUGAUUGUCCAGUAAUGACUACUGCGUUCUCAAAUAGAGCACGGCAUUAGUGCAGACAAAAGCAUUUAAGUUUGCCACUUUUGUUUGCUGCCCCCCCCCCACUACCCAAACCUCCACCUCAUGUGCUAUAUUUUCUGCUGUUGUUGAUUACACAACGUUUUAACCUCCAUGUCAUUAUUACGAGCGGAUUAAUUUACCCAGCAGAGUCCAUGCUGCUGUUCAGAGUCGUUCAGAGCUCGUUCAAACAGAAGAGCCUUCUCCAUCAAGUAGAACUGUUUGCUAUAAAUAGUCGAUUUGUUUGAUUUAAGUGUUAAAGUUUAGAUAAAACCUCUGGAAAGAACAACGCGAAAAAUGUACCAUCAAAUUCAGUCAAGACAAGUAAAGCUCAAAUACUAAAGCUGGCAGUUUUGACAAAUACUAACAUUAUACAUGAGGUGUUUGGGUCAGUUGCAUUGGUUUGCAUUACAUAGUACCGGUCACAGUAUACACUUGCCUUUUCCUUUGUACCACCGCUAAAAACACAAGUCAAUCGUUAUUGCAUGGGGAAAGGCAACAACCAUUUGGGAGGAGGGAAGUACAUUUUACGGAGAGAAAUCGUGUUUUGUUUUUUUAAAUGCAGGUCCACCUUCCUUACUGAGAAAAUGUCACGUUUGAGUUGAUGCCUUUGUGUAGCAUUAAUGACGGGGUGCACGUUGGUCUUGAACUGAGAAGGACCAAGGAAACAAACAAGGUCUUGACUCAAUGCUGUUACAUCCUUUGUGAAAAUUGACAAAUACACAAAGGAAUUAUGCAGUUGUGGAUGAAUGUACCCGGUGCUUACAUUAAUACCAUUAAAAUGGAGGCACUGUAGCAUGAAAGGAUGUGGUCUGUCAGGGUUUGUGCAGGCUGUAGAUUGAACAUAAUUGGUGCAACAUGCAGCGUGCUGAAACUUUCCCAGGUUCUGUGGUGAAUUUGAUUAAACCUAUCCAUGCGAGUUGAACCAUGACCAGUUGCUAUGUGAGGAAAUGUAAUUUAAAACAAAGUAUUGCCUUAAUUCCUAGAAAGUGCAUACUUUGUAAUAUUAUAACCCACAAGUGGAAAAGUUGUGGCUUGAAGUCAUUUCUGUUAUGCUGCUGUAAUGUAGUUUCUUGAAAGGUGUUUUUUCAGCUGUAACUUUCACAUUUUACUAACUUGGUUACAGCUAUAAUUACCUGGUAAAGUGUUAGUCUUACCAUGUAUUUUAAUUUUUUGAUACCUAGUGCUUCAAGGGUCUCUAAAAGGAACAGUCCCAACAUUUCUUAUUGAGUGGAAAUGUUCUCAUUUUCUGUUCAACCUAAGAAGGGCUUUGUCACAUUGUGCCAUUCAUCGCGCUAUUUUAGCACCCUGAAUAACCAUUCAGUUCCACUAGCGUGAUAUAAUUCCAACCGGUAGCCCCAGUUAUCACUAAACACACCCUGCUUUAUUGAUUAAGCAAAGAAAAUUGGUGCCAACAGUGGGGGAGGGAGCUUUGUGGUUAGGUGCGACCAGAAACGUCAGAAUUGGCAGUCGCAUUGAAUUUGGCAGUCAGAAAAGUGUUCUUAUGAGGGUCUCAAAUAGGAACAAAAUGUCUGUUGUAUUAAACCUGAAACAUUACCACUGUGUUGAAUGUGUUUUCGAGAGUAAAAUAGCCGUCUUAAUGCGGUGAGUUUCUUUCACUUUCACACAGUGGCUAUGGCUGUAGUGAGGGACUUCUCGACAGGAGGCUGACUGCAGUCUCACUAAAUAACUGGGAGAGGUAGACACAUCUCAGAGAUCUCAUUUUACUCUGUCAGGGAAGGAGCAGUAUGCCGCUAUUUGAUGGCAUGGCUGCUGAGUGUGACAACUUUACCAGUGGGGAAACUGCCACCUCUUGGUACUUUAUUGUUUCCCGUGUUGGAGUGAAUCUCCCUACUUCUCGAUGGAAUCACAGGCCAGGCAGGAGCAGCAGCAUGACUGCUCGCACACAGACUCCAUUUUUACUUGUCCAGUUAUUUACCAUCGGUGCAGCAGGAUGACAAAAUGAAGGGAAAUCGCCCCCCCCCCCCCCGCCUCACAUUUUAAAAGACUCCUGGAAAUAAUGAGAUUUGAUGCUAUAACAUCAAGGUUGUUGAGAAAGCUGUGUUUGAGUGAUGUUAUUUAUCUUGUUGUGUGCCGACACCCUGUAAUGAUGACCUGUCACUCUUCUCUGUUUUGUGCUCUAUAUUUAUAUAUGAUCAGGCUUUUUUUUCACUGUAUUUCUUUGGAUUUAUCACCCAUUUUUUGUGCCAUACCUGCAACUAAUGAAAAAAUAAAGAAAAGGAAUAUUU